CACUUUAUCUCAUCCAAACUGGCCUGAGGGUUCGUCCUCAGGAUCCUCAAAUCUAUCAGUCCAACAUUCUGAACAGACUUGUUGACAUGCGUUCCUCCUGUUCCAGUCAGUUCUUGGCGGGCUCAUCUCCCGAGAUUUGAGCGUCAGUUGUUUCCCGUUCUCUAUUGGCGCAUCAAUUGGGCACUGGCUCUAUUUUUUUGGGGAAAACACGCUUUCAUGACGACGCGCAAAGUUCGGUGAAAAUUGAUUGCCGUCUCGAAGAGUUUCUGCGGAUGAAAAUGGCCCAAUGAGUGAAAUGUUUGCGUGGAGAAUGCAAAAAAUCUGUAGUGGGUAUGUUUGGCUAACUUUUUGGAUUUUUGGUUUUUGUACGUGCAAUGCCGAUGACAACGAAUCCAGGCUGAUGAAGAACUUGAUGGCCAAUUACGAUGCGGGAGUGCGGCCCGCUCAAAAUUCCUCCCUGCCUCUAACUGUCGUUUUCGGGGUGUCUUUGCAUCACAUCAUCGACGUGGACGAAAAAAACCAGAUCCUGACCACCAACUGCUGGAUAACGCAAAUCUGGAUGGACUAUCAUUUGCAAUGGAACGCCACCGAGUAUGCGGAGCUGAAGGUGAUCAGAAUCCCGUACCAUCGAGUGUGGAGGCCGGACCUGAUCUUGUACAACAACGCUGAUCCUCAAUAUCAAUCCUCAGUGAUCAACACCAAUGUCAUAGUGUCCAGCAAUGGCCAAGUGGUUUGGCUCUCUCAUGGCAUCUACCGAUCCUCCUGCGAUAUUAAUGUCGAAUACUUUCCUUUUGAUGUUCAAAGCUGCCACAUGAAAUGGAGCUCGUGGACCUACGACGGAUAUCAACUGGAUAUCGUGAAGCAAACGGAAGAAGGCGACGUGACCAACUACCAGGCCAAUGGCGAGUUCGAUCUGGUGAGCUUUUCUUCGGUCAAACACAUCGAGCACUAUUCUUGCUGCGUGGAACCCUAUCCGGACAUCACUUACGUUAUCAAGAUACGCAGAAGGCCGCUUUUUUACGUAUUCAACUUGAUCCUUCCAUGCAUUCUCAUCAAUGGAAUUGCCCUUUUAGUGUUUUACGUGCCAUCAGAGUCUGGUGAAAAAGUGACAUUAGGAAUCAGCGCCCUGCUCUCAAUGACUGUUUUCCUGAUGACCAUCAGAGAAACUCUUCCUCCGACGGAGAAAACGCCCUUAAUCAGCAUGUACUAUGGGGCAAGCAUCUGCUUGGUGUCGUUUGCCUCGGGACUAUCAGUGGUGACUCUGAACAUUUACCAUAGAGGAGUGAGGGGCCAAUCGGUGCCAAACAUAAUUCGCAAAAUUGUUCUAAAACGGAUUGCGCCGCUGAUUUUCAUCAAAUUUGACCAUAAGCAUCGUGAUUCGAAGGCGCAGGAGUCAAGCGCGAAAAAUUGCCUGGAUGGUCAGUGGCCCUGGUCAGAACUGUCUUCGCAUGAGGACGGUUGCUGCUUGCAGCAAUGUGCUGAAAAAUCCACACGGUUUGUGUCGAAACCCAGAAGCGACGAUUUAGAAUUAUUCGAAAAACAAGUGAUGAGGGUGCUGAACCGAGUGCAUCUGCACAUUGAAAGAACAGAGCUGCGGAUUUGCGACCAGGAGCGAAAGGAGCUGAUUGAGCUGGAGUGGAAGCAGACCUCGAUAGUGCUGGACCGGCUGUUGUUGGGGGCGUUUUUCCUCAUCACCAUCAUCACCUCUACAACGAUUUUGUGCAGAAGUCCUCAGGAUGCAAGUUAAAAUCAUUCUUUUCCAGUUACGUGCGAUUUAUCUACUAAUUUGCCAAUAUAGACGACUUUUCUGGUGAUAUAUUUACUUAGUGUUUUCUAGCGAGAUAAUAAAAAAAGUAUUUGGGAA